UCACAGAAUCGAUUAAAAGUUCUGUUUUUCUCCCUGUUCACGAUGCAGCUUUGUUCAGCUCUGAUCCUGUUUAUGAUUCUGUCCACAGCAUGUGGGUUACAAUGCUACACAUGUGUGUCUGCUGAUUAUCAUGCCUGCUAUCGGAUGACAACUUGUCCUCCAAACCUGGACCAAUGUUUCUCCACCAAAGUGGAAGGUUUCAUGAAUAAGGGUUGUCGAAAAACUACAAACUGUGUGAAACCCGUAUCUUGCUGUGACACGGACUUGUGUAACGCUGCCGUGCCCACUGGUCCCAGAGCUGUCCUCCUGCUGGUGUCCUCAGCCAUCUCCUCACUCUUUUUCUGAUGCUCUGGAGCCUCCGCUGAGAAUAUUCAACUUCUUCCUUCCUUACCACGUUUUUAUAACAUCAGGACAACAAUAUAUUAAACCUAAAGCUUAAUUGAAUGAGACUACAAUAUGACUGUUAAUUGGUAAAAUGUCUCAGGUUCUACUUUACUAUUACAGCAAAAACUGGCUUUGAUUUGAAACUCUACAGACAUGACAUAUGAGCAAUCAUAAGAUAAUCAAUACAUUAUAUCAUCUAUAUGUUGUGAGGAUUGUUGAAACAGACCAGCAAGCCACAAUAUUUGAGACUGAGGUAAAAAUAAACUGGUCCAAAUAUGUCAAGAUUUGUCAUGUUUUAUUCUUUGCGGAUACAUUUCAAAAUGCAAAUUGAGAAAUGUCGCUUUUAUAUAAAUAACAACAUAAUACGUAAUGAAUCAUAUUUCAGGAGAGCAGUGAGUGUUAUUGUUUCUGUUUGCAUAUACUGGGUGUAAAAGUCUAAAUGCAUCAUGCAUUGACCCCAACAGUAUUUCAAAUGUUUGCUAUUAUUUUUGUGAGUGCAUUUUGUUUAUAAUUUGAUAAUAAAAUAAUUGUGUGAAG